ACCGAGAGGAGUGUAUAAUCAUUUGUUAAAUAAGAUUAAUAAAUUCCACAAACGAAGAGAAAAUAAUACUAAUUGAAAAAGUGAAACGGAUAAAAUUCAUCGUUAACUACACACCGACAAAAUGGGCACAAUAAUGAAAAUGAUAAUAAGUGGUGCUGCAAUUACAAUGGCCUUUUUAGUAGGAUUUGGAGUUAUUAAUUCUACGAUUAAAAAAAAAUCUAAAUCUUUGAAAAUAAAUCGUCGCUCCAAGAAACAAAGUGUGAAAACGCGAACAAUACAGCAAAAUAUUGACCAAAUUUAUUCUAUGAUGCAUAAUUCGUAUUGGAAGAAAAUUGGUAUAGUAGAAAAUUUGAUAAUAUACCCAGUAAAAUCGAGUGAGGAACCAGUGUCUAAUGAUUCAUUUGAAUUUCGUGAUUAUGGAAUGUAUAGACAGGAACGCGGGAUACAUUUUUGGGAUGGAAUGUUCUUAAUAUAUAACAAGACGAAAGGUAAAUUCGAAGAUAGCCGAACACAUUUUAUAUUGCGAUCAAUGGCAGCGACAAUAACGGACACUGACGAAGUAACGUUAAGAUGCGACGGAAUGAAGAAUACAGUAACAUUGAAUAUAAAUCAAUAUCUCAAUUCUGCCUUUCGUCUUACGAAGGAAACGUGGAAUGGAACUUUGGAGACAUAUUGUAUUUCAAAUGUAGACAUUAAUGAAUGGGUAAAACAAGCAAUAGAAACUGCCGAGGAUGUAAUUUUGGUAGUAAUGCUUCCAAGUAAUUGGAAUUCGACACAAAAAAUAAGAAACAAUUGGUCCCACUUUAUUCAAGGUUACAACACUAUGGAAGAAGAUGAAACGGGAAAAUUCAUAACUUUACCACGUUUUGUACUGAUAACAUCAGAUACGUAUGUAGAGUCACAUAGGAGGUAUAAGUAUUUGGCCCCAAACAUUAUCAUUAACGUUGACGAAGAAGAAAUGAUAAAUCCUUUUGAAGAGAAAAAUUGGGAAUGGAUAAAACUCGGUGACAAUGUAAUUCUUAGAAAUGUCAAACCAGUUCCGAGCUGUGAUGAAGAAGUCGAACAUUUCGGAAUUUAUUGUGGGUUAUGGGAAUCUAGUGGAAACGUAAAGGUGGAUGAUGAAGUAUAUAUUUACUAUUCUAAUACAUAGCACAAGUGUGAAGUGAAUAUCGUUUAAACAUUUAAUGUUUAAUUGUCAUAAUAGUUUAAUGUUUGGAUUAAUUAGAAUUAAUUGAUUUUAAAAGAAAUAAGUAUUGAUAAGUCACGUUAAUGUAUUACAAUGUCUGUUGGCAACACAUGAAAACCGACCUUAACGAUAAUAUCUUACCGAUAUUAACAUAAUUUUAUUCUUUAUCAUCGCUUACGAAAUUUAAUUUUCCCAUAACUUGUUUAUUAUCUUUAUUUCAUUGACGAGUUAUUUUAUAUAUGUAGAAAACAACGUCUCUGUUAACUUUGUAGAAAUAUGUAUGCUUGACUGUAAAACAUUUUUUUCAGAAGAUCAGAGCUCUAAAUAUAAGUUAUUAUU